AUGUCUCUUGGCAAAAUCACUACCUGCCUCUGGUUUCAAGACCAGGCCGAAGAGGCAGCGAAGUACUACACCUCUAUCUUCGCACCCAACUCAAAGAUCACUACCACUCAACGUCAUACUCCACCCGGCCGAGACACUGAAAGAGUUAUGGUCGUUGAAUUUGAGCUCCAGGGCCGCACUUUCGUCGCUCUCAACGGCGGUCCAGCACCAUGGCAGUUCAACGAGGCUAUGUCUUUUAUGAUAGACUGCAAGGAUCAGGCUGAGGUCGACCAUUUCUGGAACAAGCUCAGUGAGGACGGCGACGUUUCCCGUCAACAAAGUGGGUGGUUGGCGGAUGAGUAUGGCGUUGCUUGGCAGGUUGUGCCUACUGCGCUGAAGAGCAUGAUGGGCUCUGAGGAUAAGGCUGCUGCUGGGAGAGCGACUGGGGCUAUGAUGAAGAUGAAGAAACUUGAUAUUGCAGAGUUGGAAAAGGCUUUCAAGGGUUGA